UUGGUGGGAUCUGGUUGAAAGAAGCAUUGAUCGUUUCAGGUACCUGGAGUGUUGACAGCAGUGUAUUUGUGCACCGGUUGGAUCAGUAAACAAGACUGUGUGACUGAAUAAUUUAAUCAGUGUAAAAUGAGCUCAGAAGAAGCAAGAGCAGCAGGGGACAAAAGCAACGCCACUGAUGAAGAUGGCAUGUCCUUGUGGUACCGGUGGCUCUGUAAAAUCGCUGCUGUACUUGGUGGCAUUUCUUGUGCUGUGAUGGGCAUUUGGAACUGUGUGACGGUUCACCCCUUGAAUAUCGCUGCAGGAGUCUGGAUGGUGUUGACAGCAUGCUUGUUGUUCAUUUGUGAAGUUCCGUUCUGCUGUCAGUUUGUGGAGUUUGCGAACAUUGUGGCGGAUAAAGCGGACAAAAUGCGCCCCUGGCAAAAAGCACUGCUUUACUGUGGGAUGGCACUGUUUCCUGUGUUUCUGAGUCUGACCCUUACCACACUGUUUGGGAAUGCUAUUGCAUUUGCUACAGGAGUGCUCUACGGGCUUGCCUCUCUUGGAAAGAAGGGGGGUGCCGUUAGCUACGCUCGGCUGCAGCAUCAAAAACAGGCUGAUGAAGAAAAACUUGCUGGGACAACAGAUGGCGGCGUGGCCCAGUGACUCUUCAUCCUCCUCCUGUCCGUUACUAUUUGUUCUACCUCCUGUUCCUUUGUUGAUUAUUUUGGAGCUCACAUUAUGUGACUUUUACGUUGGCGUUAAGAGUUCUUGUGUUGUACAUCUUUAGUGUUUUUGUUGUGUAGUGUAAGGU